AUGAGUAAUUCUGAAGAGACUUUCAUAGUGGGUUACGUUGGCCGCCACGACUGUGGGGAAGGCCUGCGUGCCGGAAUCAACCUUGACGCUGGCACAAGACUGCUAGUAGAAUCUCCACUGUAUACAACCAGUGUCAAUUUCCUAACCGACACCCCAACGGAGGAGCGAGAAAGCUUUGUUAAACAGGCAUUCGAGCAGCUGCCCACACAUAUCAGAGAAAUUGCAAUGGAGCUCCCUAACAUGGAGCCUUUCCACCUGAUACAGCAUCCACAAUUAACUUCUUUUACCACUCAGUAUAGUGGUAUUGUGAAGUCGAAUGCCAUCCCCUACUCCCUAGAUAGGCGAGCGGGCGGGGCUGAAAGAAUCGGAAUCUUUCCGACUCUAUCGCGAAUCAACCACUCGUGUCAUCCAAAUGCUCAACAGACUUGGAACUCAGAGCUCAGAGCAGUUACAAUCCAUGCAUUUCGAGAUAUCGCAGUGAACGAGGAGAUUACAAUCUCGUACGCCCCAGAAGCCAUAAUCGAUGAGAAAUACCUCAAGGACAAGUACAAUUUUGCGUGUUCUUGCGAGUGGUGUCUUGCUCCCGCUGAAGUUAGGGCUGAGAGCAAUAACAACCGAGCAGAAAUCGUCCUCCGAAACGAACAUCUUCACAAUAUGAUCAAAGCAGGAUUGUCGGAGCAGGAUCAAGGACUUGCAAUUCUGGCCGCCAAACAACUUUUUACCUUGUUGAGGACGGAAAAUAUUGUGGACUGGCGCCUAGGCCGGCUAUACCUGGACUGUUUCGAUAUUGUCGCCGAACGAGGCAACAAACAACGCGGAAAGAUUUUUGCGGUGCUCGCCUUCCAUGUAUUCGAUCAUUGCGAGGGCUUAGAUUCAGAUAACGUCAGGAGGAUAAAGAUGAGAAUGGAGAAACUGUUUGGAAUAAGCAAGUGCGAUGAGGAUUUCUUGGAUUGGAUGGAGGAUAUUGAGAAGGAAUGGAAGAUGCUGAAACGAUGUCAAGGCGGUGCUAUCUUGGAUUGGUUGUUUUGGAAGGAGAUCUGGCCUAAGAGUUAA